AGAAAAGCAAUGAACAUCCGUGAUAUAGAGGGGGCCAGGCCAACCGAGUUCACUUCAAAAGACCUGAGAAGAGACUAUAUGGACAUCUGUGAUAUCGAAGGAGCCAGACCUUCUGUCAUGAAAGGCUACGGCGGUGUUAUGAAAGAGUAUGAAAAACCAUUCUCAUUGAAGAAAAUUUCUCAACUACCUUAUGCAGGCAUUUCAAAAUAAUGAUGAUCAUGUCGAAAAUGACCUCUUCCAGAUGAGUAAUGAGCAAAACUCCGCUGCUGAGUAUCUAGAAUUUAUGAGGUCUAAGAAGGUUAAGACGGGCUCUAAACCUGCUGGGAUAGUCAAUAUGGGUUUCAAGCUCAAAGCGAAUAAGCCCAAAUACCAAUAUGAACCUCCUUACGGUUAUGGGGAUAACUUUAGCACAGGCACUUUGAACCAACGGAUUGAUAGGAAUAUAAGCACUUCUCAUAUGCAAAAGCAAUAUUAUAACUUUAUGGAGAAAAUUUCCAAGCCAGUCAAUUCUCACUCCAGGAGUGAAAAUAGAAACUCCUACUUCAGCAGAUACGGGAAUAAAGUGAUUUCAGGGAACAAUAUAGCUGACCCUAACCUGAAUAUUAAGCCAGUUUCUAAUUUCAUCGAUCCCAAAAUAAUGAAAUCUCGAAAAUAUGCAUCUCAAGCUAAAGGGAACAGAGUAAGCCCAAGCUCAGGAGCUAAUAUAUUCCCUAGUCGUCAUGAACAAGAGUAUAGAAAUGAAGAGGGCCUUGAAGAGGCUAAGAAGCAAUUUUUUAUGAUAGAUGAACAGAAGGAAAAGAACCCUUUGCCUCCUCUGAAUCCUAAAUAAACCCUCCAAUCAGAUGGGCAAGAAUAAGAAAAAGAGAUUUCCGAAUACAGAUAUUGACUUGAAAGUCUACAACAGGUAUAGCAAGCAAGGGACUCCAAAUCAUAUGGAUCCAAGGAGAAGAGAGGUUAUUAACCGGUCUGCUAACCUAGAAUCAGCUAAAAACAACAGGCUAGGCUCUUCUUCUAGCAACAUACUUAAGAAUUAUAAUCCAGCAGAAGGAGUAAGGUCCUCCUCAAAUCUGAGAAAGUAUAACUAUGAUUCUAAAUGCCCUUAUGAGCCUAUAAACUAUGAAAAGAAGAGAUCAGCAGUUAAUAUCAGUCGUAACAAGGUUGAAGGCUUCAGAUCCCAUGAAGGAACAUCAAAUAAUGCUAUAUUUGAUCAAGACAUUAACCAUUACCAACCUUCCAAUUUUGCAAAGAGGGUUCCUGAUAUCAAGGCUUCUCAAAGAUUGGAUAAGUGUCACCCUUGGAAUCAGCCAAAGGAGCCAUAUUCGUACAACAUAAUCUCAGCAAGCUAUGAUCAUAACAACUUGUAA